CUGGAGCCAAAGUCUCGAAUAAUAGAAUCACAUCAUCACUUCAAACCUCUUCUAUUCCCAUGCCUCUCUCUCUCUAGUAUAAAUAUACGAACUAACCAUGAUCGAUGCAUUUGUGCUAUCCAUCGAGUUUGAUAAUUACUUCUUAUUGUUUCAUUAGCAAUUAAGCUAUACUAGCUUCAGUGCAGUUUAAUCGAUCAUGGCGGCUAAUUCCUCCAACGACACCGUCAACGUGGCCUCCGAGGUGAGCAGCAUCCUCUCCAAGCUCAACGAUCACCUCGCCGGCGCCGACGAGGCCAAGGAGCCGGCGGGGACAAGCAUCAUCACGCUGGCCGGGGAGAACAACGGCGCCACCAUGGAGGUGGCCGGCGACGUGGAGGACCUCGUCGUGGUGGAGGCCGGCGGCGACGAGGACGACGACGAGGAGGAGGAGAGCGUGGUGAGUGCCUACACCAACAGCAACUACCAGGCUCUGAACAACUCGGUGCUCGUCGCCGGCAGCUGCGCCGUCAAGGACCCCGGCGUCCACGUCGUCAUCGUCGAGCACGUCGACGAGAUCCGCGACUACGACGACGACGUCCGGGACGAAUAAGCCUGCAACUCAUCUAUCAUCUCAUCCAUCUGCAGGUCAUCAACACCAUCUAUACAUAUGUAUAUCUAUCGAUAUAUGGAUUAAAGUGAUGAUCAGGUGAUCGAUCAUGAUCACCUGCAUCAUCAAUCUACAUCAGAAAUUAAUCGAUAUAUACAUCCCAUCGCAUGAUCAACAGCUCGAUAUAUAUGUAUGUUGUGCACGUGGCUUCGGCUUCCUUUGUUAAGUUUCUUAAUUAAUUUACAAGAUUUGGUAGUCAUAUGUAUUUGUUCUGGUUGUUGUAGUUGUGAUCUAUAUUUAUACAUGUUGCUUCUAUAUAUGUAAGUUGGUUUGUAUGUGUUUUCUUCCAAUAAAAUCUUGUUUACUCCAAUGUAAAAAUGUUAAUUAACUAUAAUGUUUGUUGAUU